AUGACGCACCCGCAGAUUCGCCGAGUCGCAGUCAUUGGCGCUGGGAUUAGUGGUGUCGUGUCAGCAGCGCAUUUGCUGCAGGCUGGGUUGGAGGUGACUGUGUUUGAGAGGAGUCAUGCAACCGGGGGUGUUUGGCUGUAUGAUGAGCGCUCCGCACCAGAGCCAUCGUAUACCUCGUUGAAACCGCUCGAGUCGGAAGUGCAUUUCGAUACGGACAAGAAGCGCAAUGUGGCUCUUAAUCAUGCGCCGCCGGGACCGUGCUACGUUGGGCUCAAGAAUAAUGUGCCUACCCCCUUGAUGCGCGUCAAGCUCAAUGCCUGGCCAGAGGGAACACCCGACUUCGUCAGCCACUCCGUAAUGAAAGAGUAUAUACAGGAUACAUCGAAUAAGGCGGGAGUUCACGAUAUUACCAUCUAUGGCGCACGAGUCAAGAAAAUUGCGAAGCAGGGCAGGAAUUGGGAAGUUGCCUGGUCUAGAUUGGAGAAGGAGACUCAAGGCGUCAAGGAAGUAGAGCAAAUAUGGGAUUUCGACGCUGUGGUAGUUGCCUCUGGCCAUUACCACACACCUCGCGUCCCAGAUACUCCAGGCCUCGCUGAAGCAAAGGCUCGUUGGCCGGAGCGCAUUUUUCAUUCAAAAAGAUACAGAAAACCAGAGGGAUACGAGAAAAAAAAUGUCCUCUUAAUCGGCGGCGCCGUCUCUGCUAUCGACAUCGCGAAAGAAAUCAGCACCCAAGCAGAAACGGUCUACCAGAGCACGCGAAACGGCAAAUUCGAUAUUUCAGCCAGCAUCCUCCCCGAAAACGGCGUCCGGAUUAGCGAGAUAGCACGUUACGAAAUUCUAGACAAUAGUGAUGUCCCCAACGACAAACCGCUUCCGUUGAAAGUGCACCUGAAAUCCGACCAGGAGCUCUGCGGAUUUGACCAGGUUAUCAUCUGCACUGGGUACCAGUUCACCCUCCCCUUUCUACCAAGUUACCACGAUGACAGGCUCACGUCGGGAGAAGUGAAUGAGACAAUUCUAGUAACAGACGGGACGCAGGCGCACAACCUGCACAAGGACAUCUUCUACAUCCCAGAUCCAACCCUUGCGUUUAUAGGCGUGCCCUUCUACACCGCCACAUUUACGCUCUUCGAGUUCCAGGCUAUAACCGCAGCAAACGUCCUCUCUGGCAUCGCUAGCCUCCCCUCAGAGAGCGCCAUGAGACAAGAAUACAACGAGCGAGUAAACAGAAAAGGACAUGGGAAGCAAUUCCACUCGCUCAAGGACGUGGAGGAGGACUACGUCAACGACCUCCUAAACUGGAUAAAUGGGCCUAGAGCAGAAAAGGGUCUCGGUCCUAUUGAGGGACAUACUGAAACAUGGCACGAGGCGAAGCAAGCACAGCGAGAACGUCUGAAGACGUUUUUCAAGGACAGCCGGCGAGACAGUGGCGUCGGAGGACUUCCUGAGCUACAGACGUGCAGCACAUAAUUCAAGAAUAAUCAGGAUAGAGUAAUAGAUGAUCAAUUCACGCGGUUCGGGAAUCAGCGUUAGAAGUUUAGGUAUUCGGGGAUAGAGCUUUCUUGAG